CAAGUUUUCGUCUUCACGCUUUUGUUUUUCACCUUUAAUUUCUUAUUUUCCGCGUGGGAGGAUGGAUUGUGAUGAUUCCCUUGAAUAAAAAGAAGAUCUAUGUUCAAUUAUUUUUACUCGGAAAUCAUGAGUUUCCUUACAAACGAUAAAAAAUAUUAUUUUCCUAAAUAGAGCAGUACUAGUGGCGCUGUUGUGUAAAGCAAAUGAAACACAUUUUUGAAGUUUCAGUCACGUUUUGUCACUUAUUUUACACACUCAGUUACAAAUAUUUGUCUAACUUUAUUUCAUUGGUAGGAGAAAUUAUUUUUUUAUCACUUUCUUCCUUCAAUGUAAUGAAAUUUUUAUUGAUUUUUUUGUUAGACAGACUAUCUUUUUCCUUUAUUUGAUGAGUUUGCAUAGAUUCAAAAGUUAAUGAUUUUUGUUUAAAAAACGAGGCCAAAAAUAAAAACACAACGAAGCAGAAAUGGAUACAAUCCCGGAGACCGAACCAAAUCGUGUCAUUUUCCAGCGAAGAUACGUGAUAACAUUUUUGAUAUUUCUUACUUCCGUUGUAAUACAAUCGCAACGCUUUAAUAUAAGUUUUGCUUUGGUAUGCAUGGUGAAUGAUACUAAAAUACAUUCAAAUGGCAUGAAUGCAACUGAAUGUCCCGAACUAAGGAAUGAGACUGAUGCCGAUGAAAAUGAAAAUGCAGAAUUUUCUUGGGAUGCAGAACUGCAAGGGCUGAUUUUAAGUUCUACAUACUUAGGAUUUUGUCUAACGCAAUUCCCAGGUGGACUUUUAUGUGAACGAUUUGGUGUUAAAAAAUUGUUUUUAGUCAGCAUUAUUAUUGCAUCUGUAUGCAAUUUAUUUUCACCAUUAGCAGCCAGAACAGAUCCAUAUUUGCUUUUUGCUACUCAUCUCAUAAAAGGAAUGGGUCAAGCAAGUAUUUGCUAAACAUAUUUCAGCAUUUAUAUUUGAUUUUAGUUAUUAGUACAACACAAGCAAAAUCAUAGUGAGUAAUAACUGAAAUAUAAUCCCUUAAGCUCUUAUUUAAGAAGCCCUUUGCUUAAAAAUUAGCAAUAUUUGCUUCAAGAAAAUUUCUAAUAUACAGUAGACUCUCGGUAAACCGGGACGGUUGAAAAUUUCUUUCUCCCGGAUAGGGUAAUAUCACAAAUAAAUUAAUUUACGCAAAUUUUGAUGAC